CCUCCUCCUCCUCCUCCCGCCUCCGCGGGGGCCGGGUGACGCACGUGCGCGCGCCCCCGCGCGCUGUUGUCCGCUCGCGCCCGCCGGUGCGUGCGUGCGUGCGUGCGUGCCUUGCCGGCGGCGGCGGCGGGGCGCGCGCGGCGUGUGGGGCUGGCACGCGCGCUGUUGUUAUUGGUGCCGCCGGCCGCGGCGCAGGGAGGAGGAGGGGGAGCGGGCGGGCGCCUCAGUCAGUGAGUUCUUUAAAGAUGGCCGGAGCGGCGGCGGCCGCCGCGACCCCCGUGUACUGCGUGUGCAGGGAGCCCUACGACGUGAGCCGCUUCAUGAUCGAGUGCGACAUCUGCAAGGACUGGUUCCACGGCAGCUGUGUUGGGGUAGAGGAGCACCAUGCUGUUGACAUUGAUCUAUACCAUUGUCCCAACUGUGCAAUUCUCCAUGGACCUUCUCUAAUGAAGAAGAGGAGGAACUGGCACAGACAUGACUACACAGAAUUGGAUGAUGGUUCCAAGCCUGUGCAGGCUGGAACGCGGACCUUCGUUAAACAGCUGCGGGCUCGCUCUUUCCCAAGUGCUGAUGAAGUAAUUUUGAAAAUGCAUGGGAGCCAGCUGACACAAAGAUACUUGGAGAAACAUGGGUUUGAUGUUCCCAUUAUGGUUCCUAAAUUAGAUGGUCUGGGGCUCAGGCUUCCUCCGCCAACUUUCUCCGUUUUAGAUGUGGAACGCUAUGUAGGUGGUGACAAAGUGAUAGAUGUAAUAGAUGUAGCAAGACAAGCAGACAGUAAAAUGAAGCUCCAUAAUUAUAUUAAGUAUUUCACAAAUCCUGACCGGCCAAAAGUAUUGAAUGUGAUCAGCCUGGAAUUCUCGGACACAAAGAUGUCUGAAUUAGUGGAAGUACCAGAUAUUGCCAGAAAGCUUUCAUGGGUGGAAAAUUACUGGCCAGAUGAUUCUGUCUUCCCUAAGCCUUUUGUUCAGAAGUAUUGCUUGAUGGGUGUCCAGGACAGCUAUACUGAUUUUCAUAUCGAUUUUGGAGGAACAUCAGUUUGGUACCAUGUUCUCUGGGGUGAGAAGAUAUUCUAUUUGAUCAAGCCCACUGAUGAAAAUUUGGCUCUGUAUGAGUCUUGGAGUUCAUCUGUCACCCAGAGUGAAGUAUAUUUUGGGGACAAGGUUGACAAAUGUUACAAAUGUGUUGUGAAGCAAGGACACACUUUAUUUGUUCCAACAGGCUGGAUUCAUGCUGUGCUCACGUCUCAGGAUUGUAUGGCUUUUGGAGGAAACUUUUUGCACAACCUCAACAUUGGCAUGCAGCUCAGGUGUUAUGAAAUGGAGAAGAGGCUAAAAACCCCUGAUCUUUUCAAAUUUCCUUUCUUUGAAGCCAUCUGUUGGUUUGUGGCCAAAAACUUACUGGAAACAUUGAAAGAACUGAGGGAAGAUGGUUUCCAGCCUCCAAGCUAUUUAGUGCAAGGAGUGAAGGCUUUACUUACCGCUUUAAAAUUAUGGAUGAAGAAAGAACUUGUAACAGAACAUGCCUUUGAAAUUCCAGACAACAUUAGGCCUGGACAUCUCAUAAAAGAGCUCUCAAAAGUGAUUCGUUCUGUAGAGGAGGAAAACAGCAAACUAGUUAAAACUCAGGGAAUUCUUGGUGUGUGUCCAACUUCACGGUCUUCGCAUGAAACAACUUACCCUCACCACUCCAGACGAAGGGUGAGGAAACUGCGAGACCAUGCUACCAAAACUCCUUCUAAUCUGGACAUCCUGGAACUCCACACUAGGGAGGUACUGAAAAGGCUGGAGAUGUCACCGUGGGAGGAGGCAAGUAUUAAUGAUACCACAAGCUCAAAACUGAACGGGAGAUUUAACAAGCCACUUCAGCCGUCAUCUACAAUACCUGAAUGGCGAACAAAAGACAAUGAUCUUCGCCUUCUGCUGUCAAAUGGAAGAAUAAUAAGAGAUGAGAGACGCCCAUUUACAGAUCGAAGUCUUUACACAGCAGAUAGUGAAGAUGAAGAUGACAGGACAAGAUCAAAAAAGAUGACUGUUAAGGUAGAAGACCAGCCCUCAGGAUUUGAGGGAGAAGGGAAUGCAGAUGCCCAGAAACCACUGAACAUGUUCUUUGAAAGUGUGAAAUCAGAACUCAGGAAUGGAUCCUCAGAGUACUCUGAUAUUUCUGAUUCAGAAGAAUCUGAGCCUGAUUGCACUACACAGAAGAAUUCCUCCACAGAGGAGUCAGAAAGCUCAGGUGAUGAAGAGAAACAGGAAGUAACAUCGAAUUUCAAAGAGGAAUCUAAGGUCACAAGAGACCUCUGUCAAAAUACCCAGAAGCCAUCCAGAAAUGAAACUCCCAGUAAAAAGGAAUGUCCUACCUCGACAAGUACAGAAGAAGAAGCUAUUCAGGGCAUGCUUUCUAUGGCAGGAUUGCACUAUACUACAUGUUUACCAGGUCAUACUCAAAGCACAGACUGCACAGCUAAAAGAACCUCUCUUCAGGAACACAGAAGCUACCCCAGGAGUCGGCAUAAAGACAGACAGCCAUCUCAGAGCCACAAAACAAUUGAAUGUGGUAGGUCUGUGAAGGAAGAGGAAGGAGACUUGGGGACUUCAGCAUGGGCUAGACACCUGAAUGAAACAUCGAGGAUUACGCCUCAGGAUACAAAUAAAACUCAAAAAUAUAUCAAGAAAGAUGGUGCAUCAGAAGCUAAUCAUAAGGUUCAGGAAAACAGAAGUAUAGUCCACAACAACAGCUUGAGUUUUCAGCAUGGCAAGUAUACACGAGACUCCGGUCUAAUUCAAGAAUGUCGGCUGAGUGAUGGCAGCCUUAGCACUGACAGGCUGUAUGGUGAAACAUCCUUGUCUGUACCACUUCAUCCAACAAAGAGGCCAGCAUCAAACCCACCCCCUAUCAGCAACCAGGCGACAAAAGGCAAACGUCCAAAGAAAGGAAUGGCAACUGCUAAACAGCGCCUUGGGAAGAUCUUGAAGCUGAACCGGAAUGGCCAUGCACGCUUCUUUGUUUAAUGUAGCUGCUACUUCUACUACUGCUGUCUUUCCUACACAGACCAGUAUUGAGGUCAACAGAGCCUGGAGCUGCUGUUAUGCCUCUGCUUGAAGCAGACUUGCAUGUACCAUAGAAAACACUGCCUGAUGAACAAAAAUAAGAAAGGAAAAAAAGCAAAACACACACACAAAAAACCAACCCAAUGCUGCAUUUUCACUGUGCCACACCUGCUCAGCAAUAAACCAUAUGGGAAUGGGGAAAUCUUCAGAGAGACAUGGACUGUGAGAAAUAGUCUCUCAUCAGGGCUUGAAUAUCAUUUGUUGCUGGUAGUUUCUGAUCUAUUAAUGGGGGGAAGAUGAUGAAGGUGGUUUAUCAAUAAUUUAUUUCUGAUAGAUUUUUGACAACUUUUAAAUUCAUUUAAGAAACUAUUUAUUUGGAAGACUUUUUUUGUGGGGUUGUUAAUUUAGAUUUAAGAAUGUGAAAGUUUUUAAUUGUUUUGAUAAUGUAUGUUUGGUGCAGUGGAGAGCCACAUUAAUUGUGAUUAGUCUGGACUCCUAAAUUUGAUAUUCAGGUUGUAGUCUUAAAUAGGGGUGAGAUUCAUUAUUAAUUAUUUUUAAAUUAAAGCAUAUGGAAUAUUUUUUUUCCUGCUUUUUGUAAGCUAUUGGCUGGGCUUCUUUUGACUUGCAAGUUGUGUAUUCUCUGCCAGCUUGAUUAUUUUUUGACCUGUCCUCUUUAAUACAGAUUUAUUUAUUUGAUGGACUAGAAGAGACUCCUAAUGACAGAAGAAUCUUCUGUCAAUCCAGUAGCUAACUUGUGUUAAACUGCACCCCUUUCCUCCAAAUUGGACUGCAUACUUCUCCUCCUGAUGAUCUGUCUGUGAUGAUGUUCUUCUGUGAAAAGGCUUCCUGAAAUUGUAUGUGUACAGGUUAUUUAGGAGUUGGUACAAAGGAGGAAAAACUAAUGCAUCUUUUUGGAGGAAUGGGGGCAUCAGUUAAGAUAAAUGUUUCUUCAGAACAAUUACUCUCAAGUAACUCAUAAGAUACACAUUGCAGUCUUAAGAUUUGGUGUAUUAAUGUAGCAUGGAAGAAGCAUUAAAAUAUUGUACUUCAAACACAUUUUACUGAAGAGUCAGGAAGGCAGGAAAUCUGUUCCUUUCAAAGCUGGGCGAGACAGCCAGUUGAAAGUCUUAACUGGUGCAUAUAUGAGCAUUAAGUAGCUUACUGGUAUCAGAAUGAUCAUUUGUGUCAGGCUUCAUACAGAGCUGAUAGCAAAUGCCAAUUCUGAAUUAUUGUAAAUAAUUUUUAUUUUAAAUUUGUAUUUUUCUGUAAUAUAAUAUUAAAUAUUUAACUUCUGGGGGAUGGGGAUGAAGGCGGAAAGGGGGAAUACUUUUACUUGAUUCUGGAAAUAGGGCAUUUGUGGGGUCCAGCCAAAAUGUAAAGAUUAAUGUGUUAGUAACAACAAUAUUGUUGGUUGGAGUUUUUUUGCUUGCCAAGAGUAAAAAUACUCAGGCGUAGCUAUCAAAGUAAUUGAAUUCAUUAACUUUUCUUACCAGUUUUUCCUUCCUCCAUAUUCUAUGCUGGAAUAGGUUUCUUUUCUUGUAAUUUAAAAACAAAUUCAGUUGGACUUUCCUGAAUACUUGUGCAGUUUUUAAUCUGAGCUAAAUUAUGAAUGCUUUUACAAAUAUAUGGAAAUAGUUUUAAUGUCAGGUGGUUUUGUUGCAGGGCCACUGCACUAUGUUUCUAAAUUGAGAAACAUCAAAACUUAAUGCAACUGCAAAUAAGUCAGGUAGCUUUCAUGGCUUUACUUCCUCUGGAACAUUGCUCUGACUUUGUAGUUCUGUGUGUGUAUGUCUGGGUGAAUUUUUUUAACCUUGUUUUGUUUGCAGAUUAUCGGUUCACAAAAGCAUGUUUUCAGAUUUGGGUUUGAUUGGUUUGUGGGUUGGUUUUUUUUGGUUUUAAUUUAAUGCAAGCUCUCAGCCUUCUUUAGCCUAUGGGGAACACAAGUAGCAAAGGAUUUCUAGAAAGUAGAAGAUAGGCUUAGAGGUACUCUAUAGGGGCUGAAAGUGACUGUUAAGUACUUACUGUUCUCAGGUGCUGUUGUCCAGAUAGAAAUAGACAAAAGAGAAAAUUUUAACUAUCUGCUAAUAUGUUCUCACCAAAGCAAGUCAAAGAAAUAAACUGUGUAUAUACCCUCUGUGCUUAAGCUUGAGCAAAUGGAUUAAUGCCUGCCAGGCUUUGGAAACUGUUUUAGCUUUAGCGUAUUGAACCAAACUGUUUCGUUCUUUCUGGCUGUAUAAUUUUUCAGAGUAGAAAAUUCCAGUUUAAGGCAGCAAUCAGAUUCAGAGCAGAAUGGAGAAUGAGCUUUCUCUCUUUCAAGGCAGAUUUGUGAGAACGCUUAACUGAAAUAGAAGUAUGCCAGAAUAGAAUCUGGAGCAAGGAAUUUUAAAAUACGGAGUAUGCUUUCUUGUACAUGUGACUGGCUUACGCAGUGUCUCUAACCAUCCACAUUGUUUAUCUGUAUCUUACUUAUUGGAACACAGAUGUGGCUGGACCCAUAUAUAUUAUUUCUUCUUGGGUUUAUUCUUUCUUUACUUUCUACCUUUUGUGUUGUUUUUUUUUCUUUUUUUCCAAAGUGGCUCUCCACUGUCAUCAGUUUAUGUAAUAGCCUUUUCGCAGGCUGUCAACGUGCAGAGGUUCAUUCCCAUUUUCUUCAGAUAUCAAUGCUUCCAGUAGAAGUUAAUUCUGAUGUCCCACCUCAGAACAAGUAAUUCAAAAGAAAUUGCAAUGAUAAGCAGUGUUAAAAAAAAAAAAAGAAAAAAAAAAGGGGGGGGGAGGGAGGAGGAAUAAAAAGAAAAAAAAAUGGGGGGGAGGAGACAAGGGGAAGUCUCCUGGUAGCUCAUGAAGAGGAUGUGGUGACCUCACUUGUUUUGUGUACUUGUAUGUAGGGAUAUUUUUAUUGUGUUCUAGAUGAAAACACUACUGCACCAAUCUUUCUGUAGAUGGACUGAACCUUGUGUUGUUGUAGUGGAGAGAAAAAGCCCUAUUUUUUAACUUGCUGUCUCACUUGGGGUGGAAGAGAGAGGGAGUAGGGAACACUGACUGGACAACCAAGAGAAUUAAGCCUGCUAUGGUAACUCAUUUGCAAGGAUAAUCUUUUUUGAAAAGUCAGAGAACUUGGAUUUGGCAUAAAACUUAAUAUCUUUUUUUAUUUUGUAGACAGAACAGUGGGACAUGAAAUAUCGUAGAGGUUUUCCCGUUCUCUUAAGUUCUCAAGUUCCUGCAAUUGGAGAAAAAAAAACAAAAUAGAACCAGGAAAAUGGAAAGACCACCUAGAAAAAACUGUAUCAAAGACUCUUCCAGCAACUUUCCCUUUUCUUCUCCUACUAUACUUGCUAAUAAACCCUGGCUACAAGGUAGCCUUUGUUGACCUCUGAGGUAGAUUACCUAUGCAACCUGUAAUACUCCACAUGAAUCCAUUCUUAAAGACAAUUUUGAAAGGGUUAGAUGUUGAGAGUUUAAAUUACUGCAUUCUGAUCACAUGGGAGAUUUGGGGCCUUUCUUUUUUUGAUAGUUGAAGUGCUUGUGUUACCUUUAGUAGACAUGGAAGAGAGCACAGUGUCAUGAUCACAUUUUAGAUCCUUCAGCUUUCCCUAGGCUUUGCUAUAUGGCAUAAGCUACCUUCAUUCACAAGGCCAUUAAGUUGUAGAUGUUGAAGGUUUUUGCAGGGUUUCAGAGUUGGAGCUGUUGUGAACCUUGCUUUAGUAAUUGUGGAGACUAAGAGAACCGAAGCUAGAACAACCCGCUACUACAAGCCUGUAACUAGUGCCCUGUUUAGGCUCCACAUGCCCACCUAUCCGUUCACACCCCAGCCGUGACCCCCAAGUCUAGUGUCUUUCCAGAUUUUCAUUCACGUGAUACUUCCAGACCAUUAAAAGCUGUUUCUAGCUCUGAGGUUGAGUGAGCCCAGAGCUAUUCUUUUACAGAAGAAAUGUAAAUGGAACCAAGGGCCUUACUGUUUGUGGUUAAACAAGAUUGAAAGCUGCAACAUCCAUUUUUCCAAAAAGAAAAAAAAUAUACCACAACAAAAAACACCGUAGUAACCCUCUUUGUGGGAGAGUAUGAGUGAGAAAUCACGCAGUGGAUGGGAAAUACAAGUAGCACUGAUAAGGAAAUGCAUGUUCUUCAUAGGCUGCAUUUCUGUUUGGAAAAAAAGACUUUUUCUACUUUUAAUAUAAAUUAAGCCAUAAGAGUUUCAUGCUGUGGGAAGGGAAUGAAAGGGAUCACUUUAAGAGAUUAUAUUGAUACGUAUUGUCACUUCUGCUGGGAAAUGUCUAUUGCUGCCAAUGCUUUGGUGAAUCUUUUUUUUGUUUGUUUUUUAAAAAACCCAUGGAAUUUGAAAAAAAAAAAAGGGGGGGGGCUAGUUCUUGGCUGUAUUACUAGUUUUGUAGUAAGGUUUUGCUGGCCCAUUUGUCUUUUCCUCUCCUUUUUCUACUCUUGUAGCCUAAUUUCUAUCGUUCCUUCUAAUGUCUCUGAAAAUACUAGCUUGUCUGUCACUAGGGGUCGGUGUAUGUGUGUCUUCCUUUUUACAGAAACGCACUACUGUGUUAAGUAUUUGGCUGGGAAAUGGGAUGCUGCAGCUUUAAGAGCAAUUUUUUCAAUUCAUAACAGUAUUUCCCAUCCUCUUUUGCCUGCAGGCAGGGAAAGUGUAUGUACAGUAUUUAUUUUGUUUCGAUUUUACUUUAAAUUUGUAAGUUUCUAUAAGUAGUUCACAUUGAUUAUUCUAGAGGAGGACAAGUGGCUUUGUUUAAAUUUGUAUUUGAUAUUCAUAGUUUCCACUUUCUGUACUUUAAAAUACUGAAAUUAAAAAAUUGUAUUGCUUAUGUUUUGAUUUUA